GCCAUAGUGGACUGUGGCUUUGAGCACCAUCUGAGGGCGAUCUUGGGGAUGGAUGUCUUAUGUCAAGCUAAGUCUGGAAUGGGGAAGACAGCUGUCUUUGUGUUGGCCACCCUUCAACAGCUGCAGCCAGUGACUGGUCAGGUAUCAGUGUUGAUGAUGUGUCAUACCCGAGAGCUGGCAUUCCAGAUGAGCAAAGAGUAUGAGCGCUUCUCCAAAUACAUGACAAGUGUCAAGGUGGCAGUGUUCUUUGGGGGUUUGUCCAUAAAGAAUAAUGAGAAGGUGUUGAAGAGAGAGAGCCCUCGUGUGGUGGUGGGAACUCCUGCUAUUCUUGCUCUGUCUCGCAACAAGAGUCUCAACCUGCGCCACAUCAAGCACUUCAUCCUGGACGAAUACGACAAGAUGAUGGAGCAACUUGACAUGCGUCGUGAUGUCCAGGAAAUCUUACGUAUGAUCCCUAACGAGAAGCAGGUCAUGAUGUUCAGUGCCACGCUGAAGACGAGUGCCGCUGAAGAGAUCCGUCCCGUCUGCAGAAAGUUCAUGCAAGAUCCGAUGGAAAAUUUUGUGGACGAUGAGACCAAGCUGACACUUCACGGCCUCCAGCAGUACUACGUCAAGCUGAAGGACAAUGAGAAGAACAGGAAGCUCUUUGAUCUCCUGGAUGUAUUGGGGUUCAACCAGGUGGUGAUCUUCGUGAAGUCGGUGAAGCAUUGUAUUGCUCUGACUCAGUUACUGGUUGAGCAAAACUUCCCUGCCAUUGCCAUUCACGGGGCAAUGCCUCAAGACGAAAGACUAGCUCGAUAUCAGCUAUUUAAGGAUUUCCAAAGAAGGAUCCUGGUUGCCACAUACAUUUUUGGCCGAGGUAUGGACAUCGAAAGAGUCAACAUUGCCUUCAACUACGACAUGCCUGAAGAUUCAAACACUUACCUUCACAGGGACAGUUCAUUAAUGGGACAAUGAUUAUCAUAUAUAAAGCUAUGCACAAUGAAAUAAGCCAUAGGCUAUGGAAAUCAAUUCUGUUUUGUAAAUUGAUUUUACCCAAACAUCAUUUUAUUUCCCAAUCUUUUAGGUUGCGAGGGCAGGCAGGUUUGGAACGAAAGGUCUAGCCAUCACUUUGGUGUCAGAUGAAAGUGAGGCCCGCGCUUUGAAUGAUGUUCAGGACAGGUUUGAGGUGAACAUCAGCGAGCUUCCAGAGGAGAUUCACAUCUCAUCAUAUAUUCCUCCUAGUUGAACAAACAAGAUAGAGAUGAUGAAGAAAAACAAAGGCUAUAUCUUUGGAGAAUGCAAGGCAAUGUUUCAUUUGGUAGCAACUGAGAGUUUGCAUUCUACAUAGACUGUUAUGGUGUUAUUGAGUACAUAUAAUAAAUGACAUUGUUAUCCUAUAUUGUGGCGGGUUUCCCAGUCCCUCGGUAAUUGCAUUGCUUUGAUUUUGCUCUUGUUAUUAGUUAAAAGUGUUUUGAAAUCUUUCAAAUGUUAAUAUUUAUUUAUUCUAAAACUACUCAUUUUCAUGUUUUUGAGAUUUAAUUAUUUCAAAUGAGGAGGAAUAUUCUUUGUUCUGUUUUGGAUUGUAAUGCACCAUACAUUUGAUUGCAUUGAUGAAAAACUGUUUGAAAGUUAUUGAUUACAGUAGCAUUAUAUCCUGAAUGCAUAUUGCCAGUGAAGUAGGAGUCGACAAAAUGUAUUCAGUGUUUGUUCAAUUGCCAGAAGCCACUUUGUUUCAA